AUGGCACCCAAUCUUGCUACAUCAACCUUGACUUUAAUCCGUGAUAUGAUCAUCAGCAAUGAACUGUCAGUCCCCCAAAUGGCAGAGUCUGCCGGUUGCAAUGAGCGUACGAUCAGGCGGCUACGUUCCAACAUGCGCCAAUUCGGCAGCGUGAAGGCGCCUCCCAACAGAAGAGGACGGCCACGAACUCUCGCGCCAUUUAUGAUUCAAGCUCUUUGUGACCAUCUACUUGAAAAGCCCUAUUUGUAUCUUGAUGAGAUGGCACUUUUCAUAUGGGAUGAGUUUCAAGUACAGGCGACAAUAUACUGCAUUAGUCGUGCUCUUGACCGUGAAGGUUGGUCCAAAAAGACUGCGAAACAAAAAGCAAGAGAACGAAAUGCGGAUUUGCGGGAUGAAUACAGUUAUUUCAUUUCAGAUUUUUGCUCCUACCAUCUUAUUUACGUGGAUGAAUCUGGGUGUGAUAAAAGAAUCGGUUUCAGAAGGACUGGUUGGGCUCCUCUUGGUGUAGCACCCUCCCAAGUAGCCAAAUUCCACCGUGAUCAGCGGUAUCAGAUUCUUCCAGCCUAUGCUCAAGACGAGGCAGGGGUCAAACUAGUAUAUUUGCCUCCAUACUCGCCCGAUUUAAAUCCGAUUGAAGAGCUUUUUGCAGAGCUAAAAGCGUUUAUAAAGAGGCAUUGGCAGGCCUACGAAGAUAACCCUGAGCAAGGUUUUGAUUCUUUCCUUGAGUGGUGCCUCGAAACUGUAGGGAUGAGGAAGCGAAGCGCAGAGGGCCAUUUCCGAAACGCCGGCUGGACAAUCGAGAAGAUGUGA